AUGAAUUUCUCCAUAAACACUAUUCUUGCUAUGGAAGAGGACAAUCGCGGAACUGAUCCAAGAAGAGAAUUUUCUGAAUCAAAACUCCGACCACUUAAAAUGAAUCUAGGAAUGAGCGAGGCGGAACAAAAUAUGACUAAUCAUUUUUAUACAAGUCUAACUUCCUUUAUCUCCCCCAAUUACAUAUCUUCCAGGGCAUCUUCGCAGUUCAUGACUCAGUUUAUUUACGAAGCUCUGAUGCAGCACCACUUUCCUCAUUUGACGACUCCUUUUACUCAUACCUUUUCCCAACCUUCCUUAUUUUUGGGUUGGAGAAAUUAUAUCGAAAAUAGUUUAAGCAAGCCGAGCAACCCGUUUGCCUUUUCAUCCUCAUCUUUUGAAGAACCUAUUAAGAAGGACAUGGUAUCCCUUUUGAGUGGUAGAUGUCCCAACGAGGGUGAAAUAAAAAACGAGCGCCACUUGGGUAAAACAAAAGCGUCUAUCAUAAACGGCGAUUUUAUGAAUAAAUUGAGGUUCGGAGAAAUGAACGAGGAUUACCCGCGAAUAAUUUUAGGUAAAGAAGAGGGGGAGGACGGAGCCCGGAAGAGAAGGCAAAGGAUUUUGUUCAGCCAGAAUCAGAUCCGGGAAUUGGAAAAUAUAUUUAGCGAAAAGAAUUACCUCACUUCCUACGAAAGAGACAAAUUAGCUAGGCGAGUCAAGCUAACGAAUACUCAAGUCAAAAUAUGGUUUCAAAACAGGCGUUAUAAGUGCAAAAAAUCUUCCAGCAUACAAAAUCGUAACAAAAUGACAGAUCCGCAGUCUCCCGACAAAAUAGCGGGCUCUAAUGAUGACCGAAAUCAAGCUCAAUCCACCCUUUUUUUGUGA